UUUUUGGCUCAAUUGCAGUCCUAAGUCAAGGACUACCUGUAUAGACCCUGCAGCCCGGAAGAUUUCCCGCAGGGGGGUCUUCCUUUGCCCAUUUCCUCUAUGCCCUUCUCCCCCACCCAACAAAUCCAAAGAUUUUUUUUUUCCCCAAAAAAGCUGAUUGACUUCGUUUUUGCCCUUGAAGGCGUUUCCCUUCUUCAUUUGAGACGCUUCUUCCGUUCUGGCGCAAUGCCGCUCCCGCAGCGACUCCGGGACAGAGACGCUCUUCCUGCCGACGCUCCUCCUAGCCUGCAGGGGGCGCCACUCUUCCCACGGCGCAGGAAGAGGCCCUUGUAAAGACAAGGCCGGUCGGCCGACUCCGGUAAUGGCUCAGCCGCCUCUUCCUCCUCCCUUCGCCUCGCGCUUCGCGGGGCCGCCGCAACCCGCCGCCUUCCCCCCGCCCGCGCUGCCUCCACCGGGGCCUUUCAGGGGACCGCCGCCUCAGCCUUUCCCGCGGGGCCUCUACCCGCCGUUCCCAGGCGGAGGCCUCCCGCCUUUCCUGCCGCCGCCGCCGCCGCCUCCUCAGUGGCCACCGACCCUGCCGGACAGGCCGCCGUUGCCAUGGAGACCGGAGGGCCCGCCGCGGCCUACUCCCGAGGCCUCAGACGCGCCGGGCGACGAAGCCUGCGACCGCGACGAGGCCUGGCUCAGCCGCUUUGUCAGGCGCCGGAGACCGACCGCCGUCCCCGCCGCCGCGGCUCCCUGUCGAGAACGGGGCCUGACGGCGGACGAGGCGGCGCGGGCGGCGGGCGAGGCGCUGCGGGCGGUGGCGCGCGUGGCCGGGCUCUGCGCGGCUUGGCGGCGGCGGGGCGAUGAAGCGACGCCGGGCGAGACGGCCGAAGCCGAGGCCGCCCUGGAGGAGCUCAGCGGCCUGGUGCGGCCGCUACGCGAGCCCGGAGCCCUUGAGCUGCUGCGGGCCCGGCUGGAGCGGGCCCGUCGGAAGAGGCUGCGGCGUCGGCAGCGGAGGCAAGAGGCCCGCGUAGCCCGGCAGGAGGAAGAAGCCCGGCGCGCCGAGCGCGAAGCCCUCAUCGAUCGCUGGAGGGCCCGGCGAGCCCAGGAGGUGGAGGACCGGCACCGGGAACAAGAACUUAAAGCAGCUGCAGAUAGUGUGUUAUCAGAAGUGAGAAAAAAGCAAGCAGACACAAAGCGGAUGGCAGAAAUCCUGCGUGGCUUAGAAAAGCUUAGGAAACUAAGAAAAGAAGCAGCGGGAAGGAAAGGUGUUUGUCCGCCACCAGCUGCCGAUGAAGCCUUUGAAAGCGAAGUUCAGAAUUUAAAAGCAUCAAUUAAAAAACGCACUGAACUCUACGAAGCUGAAGAACGAGCUCUCCGAGUCAUGCUGGAAGGAGAGCAGGAGGAAGAAAGGAAACGAGAAAUGGAGAAGAAGCUGAAGAAGGAAAGGGAAAAACUCCUGCAGCAGAAGUGUGACAUGGAAUCCAAACUGUUUGGGGAUCCAGAAGAAUUUCCAUUUACCCACAUCUUGGAGCCAUUCACACAAUACUAUUUGCAAGCUGAAUAUUCCUUGCCAGCUCUCCUCCAGAUCAGGCAUGAAUGGGAUCAAUACUUGGUGCCUGCCGGUCAUCCUGAAGGAGAUUUCAUUCCACCUGGAUGGGUCCUUCCAAGUGCUCCCUCCAGUGACACCUGGGCCACUGCUAUCAGGUGAUGGCUUUGAAGCACCAUUGAAGACGAGACAUGGCAUGAUUCGCCAGUUUGGGAAGGCUGCCGUAACGAUGUGUGAUUGACAACUCACAUUAGAAGAGUUCUUUUGAGUUUAAAAUACAUUAUAGGUGGCUAAAGGAUGCCAGAAAAUAUUGAUUGAGAAGACAAUCAUUGUCCUUAAAGAUGCUGUUAAAAGUAUAGCAUUGUACUGCAUGUAAGUUCUGUAGCAUCUGGUUAUACUUUAGUAUCAUAGGAUUUUGAUCAUGAAGGAAGUGUCAAUGAAUCACUGCUGGGCAUGUACUGGACUUUGUGGGAUAGAUACGUACUUUAAAACAAUUUCCCUCACCAAUUUAUCUGAGUUUAUCUUAAAUGGGAUGUAAGUGUCCCAGUGAUAGAAAAAUAAGUACACCAUGGAUCUGCAGGGUGACAUUGGCUAAUAGAGGCCAGAUAUAAAGCUCAGCUUAUCUAUGGGGCUUAUAUAGUUCAGAAACCAUGCAAUUAAUGCAUCAGCUAAACAUUAUUCUAUGUGUGCUUAAUGUAAAGUAAACUGUGGGAAGUCAGAAAGUAUUGCCCAAGGGAACAUCUAAGAUGAUUUCUUUGGAACAGUAUCCAGAUGUUUAAAUUCAAGCUAUUUUCCAAAACACCUCUGUGGUUAUCUUGGCCUUACAUAGCAGGAGUUAAGUGAAUUGACAGAUGUGGCUGAUAUUCAUUUCCUUUGACAUUUGAGUUACUGCUUUCAAAAACUAUGGUGCUAAAUUGGAGUUGUAUGGAGUGAAUUAACAGUAGCUUUUUCAUGUUACCAUAAAAAAGUGCCUUUCAUUUAUACAGACUUAUGUGAUUCACAUACUUAGGGAAGCUUUUGUUUUGUUUUUCUCUUAAAGUAGGAUAAUAGAGUAGGGAUAUAAGCUAAAAGGGUUUUUGCCACUUUAUAUUUUCAUUAUAACAUCAAAGCAUAGUUUGGAGUUCAAGAAAGGAAUCUUGAACUUGUGUGCUCUCCUUUCUGCGUUUUAAUAAAUGACCCCUUGCCAGCCUAGUUUGCAACCCUAGUUGAAGGGCACAUUUUCAGUUUAAAAUAAAUGGCAAUCUCUACAAAAACUCAAUUCAUUCCUUGAAGUAAAAGAAUGUAAGGAGGAAACAGAUAGAGAUUUUGUUACCUGUGAAUUACUAGCUACUCAGGAACUCUAUAUAUGCUUAUACAGAUUUCCUAUAUAAAGUUCUUAAGAACAAUACUCAUUCUGUAUAAAUUCUGUGAUUCAUAAUUUGCAACAAACUAGAAAUUACUAUUGUUAACCAAAAGAAAUGUCAAACUUGGUACAUUUUUCUACUGCUCAGCUAAUACCAUUUUGAUACACGGUUAUUUUACAUUCACUUGCUCCUUCAGUUCUGCUUACUUCUGAAACAAAGUUCUAAGUAUUUAAUACCAGUUGCUUUAGUUUAGCAUUAUUUACACUGGAAAGACUGAACGUUUUCUAAUUUCAUACUUUUUCCUGCAUUUCUUUAAGAAAAAGUUAUUAUUUUAACACAUUUUAUUUGUAUAACUAUACCCACAAACCCUGUUAAUCAUCUUUUCUCAGACCUAAGAAAAAUUGAAACCCCAGACAUGGCUGUUAAUGGCAUAAAAAAGCAAGUUGUACCCAAAUUGCUAGUACAAACCAUAGCUUUUGUCAGGGAUAUGUGCGCAAUAAAUAGGCUUGUUAAACUUUUGUUGGAAGAUAAUUGUCAAAUCAUCUGCAAAAUUUCUUUAUUGUCUUGUAAAGUUUGCGACAAAGUUUUGAGGAUGCUGUAAUGGGAAACUCUAAAUUGUCAGAGUGACUUAUAGCCCUGUUUAAUAAAAGUAUGUUGCCUUUUGUUUAUACUUAAUAAAUUAUUAGCAUU